AUGCCUGCGGGUCCUUCGGGUCUGCUUGUGGCGGCUCACACCACGGAAAACCUUCCUCGCAUAAUCCUGACAUGCAUGGUCACCUACGCGGUCACUCUUGCUAUCUACCGUUUCUAUCUGCACCCACUUCGGGCAUUUCCCGGCCCUAGACUGGCAGCCUUCACCUUUUGGUAUGAGUUCUACUAUGACGUUAUUCUCGGGGGACAGUACAUCUUUCAAAUUCGUCGAUUACACGAACGAUACGGACCUAUAGUUCGUAUCAACCCUCAUGAACUGCACAUCUACACGCCAGAAUUCUACGAUGAGCUAUUUGCGGGUGGAAAUCGCAAACGUGAUAAGUGGUACUGGGCAAUGAAGGCAUUUGGAGCGGACGAAUCGACAUUCGGAACGACCGAUCAUGACAAUCAUCGAUCACGGCGGGCGGCGUUAAAUCCUUUCUUUUCCAUAACCAAGGUGCUGUUGCUGCAAAAUGUGAUUCAGGACCGGGCCGAUGCCCUUGUAGCACGGUUGGAAGAUUUCCAGAGAUCUGGUGCGAUUUUACACCUUGACACCGCUUUUGCAGCUUAUACGGCAGAUGUGAUAAUGGAGUAUGCAUUCAGCAAGUCAGAUCACAAGGUCGAAGCUCCUGACUUCGAUAGCGCGUUUCACCAAGCCUGUGUCGGUGGCGGGAGAUACAGUAUGCUGAUGAAGCAAUUUCCCCUAGUUCUGUGGGCGAUGAAGCGUACGCCUCAAAAAUGGCUACUCCGAAUGAAUCCAGAAAUGACGUCCUUUGUGCGAAUGCAUACGGUAAGCCCCGUUCAGGAUAUUGCCCGCCAGGUUCAACAAACAAUGGAACUUUCAAAGCCGUCCCCAACAGAUAUCAAAUCUACUAGGCACUUGACAAUAUUUCAAGAGAUUCUCGACAGCCGACUCCCGCCUCAUGAGAAAGCGCUCGGUCGACUGGCGCAAGAAGGUGGAACCGUGGUGGGUGCGGGAACGGUAACCACGGCAUGGGCUAUCACUGUAGCCGUUUUCCAUCUCCUCGCCCAGCCAAGAAUCCUCCGUAAGCUCAAGGAUGAGCUUGAUUCCACUGAUGCUGAUGAUCUUCUGGGACUUGAAAGACUCCCAUAUCUCUCUGCGUGCAUCCAGGAGGGUCUUCGACUCAGUUACGGAGUCAGCUCCCGACUCGCCAGAGUCGCUCGCGACGAAUCGCUCACUUUCACCGACCCCAAUACGCAACAGACCUGGAUCAUUCCACCAAAGACCCCCGUCAGCAUGAGUGCCCUGCUGAUCUUGCAGAAUCCAUCUAUUUUCCCGGAACCCAAUCAGUUUCGUCCGGAGCGGUGGAUCGAAAACCCCGGACUGGACCGAUACCAAGUAGUGUUCAGUAAAGGUAGUCGAGCGUGUUUAGGAAAGAAUUUGGCAUAUGCUGAGAUGAUGAUAAUCUUGGCCGCUGUAUUUCGGCGCUUCGGGAGCCUUGAAGUACGAGGGGAAAGGGACAUCGGAAGAUUGGAGUUAUUUGAGACCACAGCAGAAGGUGACAUUGAAUGUCACAGGGAUGCCUUUUUGCCUCUUUCACAGGAAGGGUCGAAAGGUGUCCGAGCCCGCGUGUGGCCUGUUGCCGUAGGCCCGCGGAGCUGGAAGUCUUUUUAA